GUUCAACUGAUACAGUGUGUUAUGGGUCUAACAGGACAUGCGGCUUGGAUGAUACAUGUGUUUUUUGCUCUCGCUGUUUUCAUGCAACGGACCAUGACGGCCAUGAUGUUCUAUUUUCGGUGAGCCCUGGCUCAGGCGGCUGCUGUGAUUGCGGUGACCGGGAAGCAUGGAAGGUCCCGUUGCAAUGCAAGAUUCAUGCAACUCCCAGCGACCAUAAUGAAAGUGAUGAAACUGAGCAGGUACCGAAAAAAGUGGUCGACGCUAUACGCACAAGUGUAUCUUCUGCUCUUGAUUUCAUUUUGGGUACGUUUGCAUUGGGUCCCGAAGAAUUGUCUCUAUCAGCAUCACCAAACGAGUUUGUCAAGGAUGAUGGGAGCAAUAAGAUAUCAGUGAAGUCGGAAGAUCUGUUGCUCGACCGCGACGACGAUGUGGAUAUGGAUCAAGUAGACACAGAUUCAAUGUUCGGCAGCCAAGCUCGUUCCCCAUCUCAGCCAUCGGAUGUUGGGGAAAGGGACACGGUGGAGGAAUACGUCUGCAUUGCAUGGAAUGAUGAAGGUCAUGCCUUUUCACAUGUUGUUGAGUGUAUAAUGGCUGCCACAGGAUGUGAUUGGGAACAAGGCAAAGAGACGGUAGAUGCCAUACAUAUACAUGGCCGCAAAGUAAUCGCUUCCUCAACAAACGUCGAACAGCUACGAAAAAUUGCAGCGCCACUUGCAGCCAUCAAUCUGGGAGUAACGAUCAGAACUGCACGUGAUGUGUACCGUGAAAAUGUGUGCAGCUUGCUUGUAUUCUGGCUGAAAGAGCUGGUUCACGGACGCACUCGCUUUUUUGCAGACAUCCCAAAUGGUGAUACAGUUGUACGAACAAUCGUGCGCGAGGAAUUAUGCGCUGACUGGGGGCUACAGUCGUCUGCACAGGAUGGUACCUUCGGUGAAGAUUAUGAUGUGAAUGGUGGAUUCUCGGGAACGGAAACUACCUUAGGAUCCGCUACAACAGACGUGCCCGAGGAAGACAUCGAGAUGCUCGAUCCAGAUGCAAGUUUCAAGGAGCCAGAUCAAGUGCAAACCAGAGUGAAGCCAGAUAUUGCAGACAUCGAUUGGCAACCAGCAGAUAUGAUUGACGAGUUCCAAAUGCUAAGAAUUGAAGAACUUUUUCUGUGGGAAAAGUUAAUGUCCCACGCCAGCGUAAAAGGAAAGAGUUUGGAUGAAUCAGCCAGGAAUAAUUUCGCCGAGGAAAUGGCAUCAUCUGCAAUUCAACGAGAAUUCGAAAGGAGGCUUCGACUGGAUUAUUUACUGAUUUCUGACUUAAAACUGUGGAAAGAAAUUCGUGUCGCAUUACGUGAAUUGUAUAUUACCUCCCUCAUCUCUGAUAAUACGUUUCGAAAAAUACUAGGGAAACGGCUGGCUAGAAACUAUGCUAGACUGGCAGAAUCGUUUCUUCUCAAAGACCGAGAACCAGAGAGUUCCAUCAUCCUCUUUUCUGUUCAGCUUCUCACAGUCCCAUCCGUCGCCGACCUCCUUGUCAACCAGUAUGACUUCUUCGGCCUCAUCUGCUCGUCCCUGACUGCCUUCUUUUUGACCGAUCGCUUAUACCUUGUUUUGCCUUCUGAACGCGAACGAUAUCCCGCGCGAGUCAAUUGCGAAUCACGAGCAUUCCGUACCCGACGCUAUUUCAACGCUUUUCAUGAUUUACGCUACAUAAUGAACGUCGAUAUGAUUAAGAGUGUUCUCGCUCAAGAUCCACUUUAUUUGCGCCAAUUUCUCGAUCUAGUCGGCAUGUUCCAGUGUAUGAAUGCCCAAGUUUGCCAGAAAGACGCCCAUGUGGAAUACGAGUCCGAAAUUUGGGUCAACGCCUUUAAUGUGACCUUACAGAUAGGAAAAUGUUGUCGGCAAUUUGCGGCGUGCUUCGGAAAGCUGCCAUUCUGGGACCCGUCGGGCCGUGCGUCAGCUACUCGGACACUUGUACGCGCCAUAACACGCAUCCUCAGAAUGAUCAAUGACUGGGGCUCUGAACCAGACGAUAUGCGGUCCGUAGAUGACAACUCCUCAGCACGGAAAUUACGCCCUGCCACGCAACAACCAGUACUCAAAUACGACAUCACAUCUCAGCCGGUAUCGUUCCACCAACCCUUGCAUUGGCUUCUUGCGUUCGUUCUCGAACACACUGCGUCGCUUAGUGAAGAUAUGCUUGCAGAAGCUGGUUUCCAAAACGGUUUUGAGCAAGUGCUUAACUUGUUCAGUGCAGAAAAUCAGGAGAAUAUCUCUCCAGCGGUACUACUACCCAUCAUCGAGUAUCCCAUCCGCACGGUAGCAUUCUCUGCCCAGAUUCGAGCAGGCGUUUGGGUGCGCAAUGGAUACGGAAUACGCAAUCAGGCUUUGCAUUACCGUGAUGUAUCGUUACGCGAAAACACGUACGACGCGGAUUUGUUUCUGUUGCAACUCGGUAUCUCUACCGUAGAACCCAAUUUACUACUCGCAACACUACUGGAUCGCUUCGGACUGGUGAACUGGUUUUUGGGUGAUCGUGAGCACGCACAAUAUGAUGCUGGUCAGUCAACCUUUAUGGUGGAAGAACUAUUGAAUGUUUUGGUUUUAUGUGCUUGCGAACGCGCGAACGUCACGGGCAUGAGCAUAGAAUCGAGGAUCCGACGGGAAAUUGUACACAACCUUUGCCUAAAUCCUAUCACAUAUUCGGAGCUCACCAAGCGGAUACCCGAUCGUCUGCAUGAACAUGUCGCGUUCGACCAUCUACUAUCCGAGAUUGGUCAGUUCAAGCCGCCUGUAGGUGUGAAUGACACAGGCACAUACAUCCUCAAAAACGAACACUUUGACGAGGUCGACCCGUAUUUUUACCAUUACAGUCGCAACAACCGAGAGGAAGCCGUCGAAAUGUUGAAGAAACGCUGGAAAGAGAUUAAUCCAUCCGCCGAUCCAAAGAGCUUCUUCAUAUUGCCAAAGUGUACACAAAUUACAAACGGUGCUUUCCGAUAUCUAGGCGAUUUCUUGCACUGUACUGUAUUUACUCAGAUGAUGGCGUACGUCUUUUGGAACGUACGGAUCAGUGACAGCCACAAGAGUGACACGAACCUCGAGCAAGCUCUGUACCUUAUCUUACUAGCAUUGACGGACGAGAACAAUCGACACAGUGCAGCAAACCUGGAUACUGCUAUUGACGACGAUGACAGCGAUAACCCCGAGCUAGCCGGUUUUUAUAAAUUCGUGUGCGACCACUACUUCGCCUUUACAAACGACGACCACUCCCAAGACUUGUCUUUAUUCGACAUAAUGUCUAUAUUCCGUGAUGAUGACAAGUACAAAGAAAUACACGCUCAGUUGGAUUGGAUCUUUGAAAAACUCCUGUCCCAUGGCCCUGGAAGGACACGCCGCAAGGUUCAAAAAUGGAAGGACGGUAGGGCACUGAAAAUGGAGGACAACGAGUCUACCGUGUCCGAACAACAGGCCAAGAAGCUGGCUGCCAAGGACCGCCAGAUGAAGAUCAUGGCCCAGUUCGCACAGGCACAGUCCCAGUUUAUCGAGCAGAACGAGGAGCUUUAUGAUGAAGAAGACCAGGACGAAGAAGAACAGUCGCAGAGCAAAAGCAAGGAAGAUGAAAAUACCGCCGAUAAUACCCCAACAAACGAUGGUUCAGUUAGUCGACUGUGCGGCUAUCCUACUGGGACAUGCAUUGUUUGCCAAGAGGAAGUUAGUGAUAAGUCUGCACCGUAUGGUCUGCUUGCAUUGAUCCAGACUUCCAAUAUCAUUCGAGAAAGCCAUCCAUCUCAAGCAAAUGAAGUGCUUGCCAAAUUCAAGGCCAAUGAUGGAAGUUUGGACACGGAUUGGCCAGAUGAACAGGGCCUUCCAGAAGAUGCGAGCGAUAUACCCGGACUUCCAGCGCAAAUGAACAAAACAGGGCUGUACGUAUCAACAUGUAGCCAUCUGAUGCAUAUCCGGUGCUUUGAGGUCUACUGCUCGUCGAUCGAUUCCAGACACUCAACUCAGCUGACACGCAAUCAUCCAGAGAACCGUGCACGGAACGAGUUUAUGUGCCCGUUAUGCAAAUCGCUGGGCAAUGUCUUACUGCCCAUUUACUGGAAAGGGCGCAAGGAAAUAUUUCCAGGGCCUGUUUUGCACAACGAGACUUUCAAGUACUACAAUUUUUUACGGAGCAACGUGCAGCAAGGGGUUGACCGUCUCAAACAAGCCAUCAUCAAUCGCUCACAGCGACGACGCAGUAACGGAAGCAAACUAAAGGAGGCAUUCUCCACAUUUGUUCCUUCGCUUCGGAAUGCACCGUCCGGAUCAACAUCGGCAAGCACCGGCAACGCGAUUGGCACGGCCACUAGAAAUGAAUACGAAUGGCAAAACAUUCGACGGCCGCAGGCUACCAGUCUUGAGCUAUUGUCUCCACAAGAAGAAGCAAGCGCCUCAACCCCACUCAUCUCCUCGUCUCCAAUGGCAACGGCGUCAACUGGGCCAGGAAGCAUAUACAACGAUCGUCGCUUCGGACCAUUUGAUAGUGACAUUAUGCAUCCAUCUACGUCUGCCAACCUACCUAGUGUGUCGAAAAUGUACGUGCGGAUUUCUGAGGUGAUUUCCACAAUAUACCAAGAAAUAUGCAGCGACGACGCAACACGUGAAACGUCGACAAAUGCAAAGAACAUUGACCUUUUAUGGGGAUUGCUUGGUUACACCGUCGCUGGCGUCGAAAUAGCAGCAAGGGGUCAGCAAAAGCCCAUGGGGCAAAUAGAAGACGAGGAACUUACUGGCUCGCUGUUUGACCAAAUCCCGCAACAGACACGAUUGCUUCUGCGCAUCAUUUGCGACAGCAUACUGGCGUACACGUGUAUUAUGUGUCACCACGAACCUGGCGGAGGUCUUCCCACCCCAACUCAUGCAAAUCCCGGACACACACUGAUACGCGUUCAUCUGCUUGCACUCGCUCGUCUGCGACAAGUGUUUGCUGAUGUUCAAGUUGGAGACUUUCUUCACCUGCAAGGGCUCAGCUACGAGCGCAUGGUCGUGUAUGACAAUCUUCCGUUGUUGCAGGAUGAUCCAUUUAUGAUCCUUACCGAGCUAACGUUUCAUGGAAUACCCUUUGCCAAAAUGAGCGUUCAUAUUAUGAUGCGUGUUCUCCUGCUCGCCGAGCUGACCAAGACAAUGGCUGCUGUAACACAGGAGCAGUUGAAAGUGGUUUCGUCAACUCACGAACGAUUUGUGCCAAGUAACGAUGACUGCAACACUAAGGAAAUCUCGGAGGAGCAGACAGCAGCUGUCAGGGCAUUUGCAAUCUUUGUUAUGGAAAGUCUCCAGUUCUCUCAACAAGAAGCGGAUACUGUGUAUGAAUCCAUCGGGCCUGCGAGACUGUACGAACUGUUGCAAUCAUUUGGCUUGCCAUACCUACGACGAUCGAUGAUCCUGAUGAUAGUCCGCUAUGGUUACAUCCCAAGUGCGCGGCAACAACGACCUGAGGCGAACGAGUUUGACCGCUUGUUGGAUUUGCUAUGGCUUCCGGAAAUGACCGAACUUGUAGAACUGAAAGACGAAAACAAGCAGCUUAUAUCUGCAUGGUGCAGCGAUCACCUAUCCGAAUCCGAGCGUGCAACGCGACUACAGAGCCUCUCGUGGCGGUUGCUGGACAUUACACUGGACUCGCCGACUCCUUUGUAUUUGAUCCCCUUGCCAAGCAAACUUGAAGACUUGAUUGAUGAAAGCAUGAGACGCGUGUGUACGAAAUGCGGCUCCCUACCAAGCGAUCCAGCUGUUUGUCUACUGUGUGGAACAUUUGUGUGUACCCAAAGCUUUUGUUGUGCAGAAGACGAAGAGGGCGAGUGUAAUUUGCACAGUCAAGAAUGUGGCGGUGAGAUUGGACUGUUCCUGUCUGUCAAGCGAUGUGUAGCUAUCUUACUACACAAUGGAAACGGCUGGUUCGUAAACGCGCCGUAUCUAGACCCACAUGGUGAAGUGGACCAAGGAUUGAGGUAAUUCCGCGCGAUUUACAGUUACGGAAAAAGAAAUCUUGGUAACUUAAAAAAUCCCCUUUUUAGGCGAGGACAACCACAAUAUCUUAAUCGUAAACGAUAUGCCGAUAUUAGAAAGCUGUGGCUCCAGCAUAAUAUCCCUGUGUAUAUUGCGCGCCAGAUUGAGGCGAAUUACGAUAUAGGAGGAUGGACAACGUUAUAAUACUACUUUUCGCUGUAUCGAUAGAAUUGAGAAGGAAAGAAAAAAGCUACGCACAGAUCCAAAUUUAAAUUGGUUGCAUGGCAACAUUCCGACAUUCGGUGUAACAGAGUGUUAGGGGGAAAUCAUCCAGGGGUAAAUUUACAUUUGAGAUGGUUUUUC